GAGCGGCCCGGGCCUGCAGUGAUGUCGGCGGCUCCUCCCCGGCUUCUCCCGGGCUCAGCAGAGGAAACAGGAAGAGAUUGAAGCCCGGAGCCCGGGAGACAUGGAGUUCAGCGGGGAGCAGGUGAAGCAGCGGCUGGGGAAGUAUAAGUUCCGAGACCUGACUAUCGAAGAGUUAAAGGACAUCCACCGAGCCUUCCCCAACUUCCUCUACUCCAUGGACACCUACACGUUUACAGACGAAUCUCAGAAGGAUUUGUUGAAUCUCUCAGGAACGGUUCCCAUGAAAUUCCAGGGCUCCUCCUAUAAUAUCCCCGUGUGUCUGUGGCUCCUGGAUUCUCACCCGUUCGCCCCCCCGCUCUGCUUUCUGAAACCCACACAGAACAUGGGGAUCCGGGUUGGAAAACACAUAGAUAAUCAUGGCCGGAUCUACCUGCCGUACCUGCAGAACUGGAGCCAUCCCAAAUCCACCAUCCUCGGCCUGAUCAAGGAGAUGUCGGCGACAUUUGAGGAUGAGCUCCCGCUGUAUUCCCUCUCUGCUGCAGAAGCCGCCAAACAGAAGGAGCUCCUGUCCUUUAUCUCCCGGGUCACUGACGGGGUGUCCGCUGUAGAUGUCAGGACAAAAAGCAGCAGUAAAGUCACGGUGAUCGGAGGAGGAGAUUUGGCUCUGGCUUGUCUAUUGGCUAUAUCCGCCAAGAGGGCUGCGGACAAGCUGCUACUUCUUGACAUCAGUGAUGGAGGAUCGAAAGGUGGAGGAGCCACAGACCUGGAGCUCUUCUCCAUCCCAAAUGUGGAAGUCAGUAAAGAUCUGUCCUCUGUUGCUGACUCAAAAGUCGUAAUCAUAACGGUGAAUGCAUGGAGUAAUGCUCAGUCCUAUCUGGAGGUCUUACAAAGAAACGUGGAUCUGCUGCGUGGAUUUGUACCAGCCGUGGCCCAUCACUGCCCGGACAGUGUGCUGCUGAUUGCCUCCCAGCCGGUGGAGAUAAUGACCUACGUGGCUUGGAAAUUCAGUGGGCUUCCCUCCAGACAAGUCAUAGGGAUUGGGUGUAACUUGGACUCUGCAAGGUUUCAGCAUAUCGUUCAGACGUUGGCCAAUUCUUCGGAAGAAUCACAGUCAAGCUGGAUCAUUGGGGAGCAAGGAGCAGAUAAAGUGGCGGCCUGGAGUGAUCCGGAUUCGGCAAAUAAUCUCAAGCCUUCUGCAAAAUUAUAUCCCAGGCUGUUCCAGGAACAGCUGACAAACAGAGCUCUGGAGGUCAUGAAAGGUAAAGGUCAGAGGUCGUGGUCUAUCGGUCUGUCUGUAGCUGACCUCACAGACACCAUUGUGCAAAAUAAGAAGAAGGUUCACUCUGUUUCUUUACUUGCUAAGGGAUUCUUCAACAUUCAGCAGGAUGUGUUUCUGAGCAUGCCCUGUAUGCUGGGAGAUGGUGGGGUGCUUGGGAGCCCCCAGAUCCUACAACAUGAAGAUCACGUAUCUGACGCUCUCCACAAAAGCGCCACCUCCAUAUAUGACCUGCAGCGGCAGCUGAGCCUGUGAGCUGCCCCGGGAGCUGGACUCCAUGAUGCUGUGCGUCAUCUCUGCAGUGCAGAGAGAACAAGGGGUUAAUCUGCUGCUAUUUUUUCCGUUUCCACUGUCGUCCACACUCGCAGUCGGCAGCCAUUGUGGACCCCGCUGACCCAUGGACUGGCCACUCGCUGUCUUGUGCCUCUCGCCGUGGCUCCCGCUCUGUGGCUGGUACGUUGUGAUUUCUGACUUACAAAUCUGAUCAUAUUCUCAUUUUUUUGCCUGUACUGCUAUCGCUUUUAUGGUUGAUGACUUGGUAUGCGGCGGGCUCCUCUGCACUACACUGACAUACGCAAUGUGUCUGACUUAAAGGGGUUGUCCAAGCAUCCUCAGGAUAGGUCAUCGGUAUAUGAUCGGAGGGGGUCUGAUGCCUGUCGCCCCAUGAUCAGCUGUUUGAAGAGGCCGUGAUGCUCUGUUGAGCGCGCAGCGCUGUCCGCUGUAUAGUGGCAGUGCUUGGUAUUGCAACUCGGCCCCAUUCACUUCAAUAGGACUUAGCUGAGCUUAGGCCACGUGACUGAUGAAUGUGACGUCACUGACCUAGGAAGAGACCACGGCGCUCACUGACCUAGGAAGAGACCACGGCGCUCACAGAGGGCUACGGUCUCUUCAAGCAGCUGAUCGGCGGGCGCCCUGGAGUCGGAUCAGAUACUGAUGACCUAUCCUGAGGAUAGAUCUUCAAUAUUAAUGCAUCUGUAAAGUUGACGCCAAUAUUUGGGGUCCAUGGAUGGAAAUGGCGCGCAUUCACAUCUUUGGGGGGAGAUAAACAGAGCUGCGCGACUCGUAUUGCACGAAAGUUGCCUUUUAUUUGAAGGUGAACCCUGGAUAAAGGGGCUCUCUAAUAGUACACACAGGGUUUCUUCAAAAUGCAGCCAUUUAUACACUAUAUCAGCGAUGGCCAACCUGUGGCAGAAUCCACAUGUUUUACUUGCAGAUUUGCCAGGAUUUCAAUUUAUUGCACUGUAAAGGGUAAAAUCUGACUGCAGUCCUUGCAGAUUUUUUUUAGGUAGGGUUUUUGAAAAUCUCUUGCAUAUAUUGUGCUGUCACUUGUGCAGAUUCUGCAUCAGAUCCACCAUGUCUGCAGUCCUGUCUCCGUGCAGCCACGGACCCUGAGGUCUCGUGUAUAAUAUGAUUAAGUCUUGUUGAAUUAAAUGACCCCCAUUUGUAAUACCGGGCAAACCCUUUAAAGGUUUUUUUUUUUUUUGUUUGUCUUCUGUAGCAACAUUUUAUUAUACUUUUGUUUGAACAGUAGUCACCAUUUUCAACAAGUCUGUUUGCUGCCAGCGAAUAGAAAUGUUCUCGCCCACACAGUUCUUAUUAUGUAUCUGUGUAGAUAUUCCACUGCACAGUUGGGUUCCAGGCUGAUGGUUGCUCUCUAUGCUCUCUAUGUUGCAGUGUAGCCUUGCAUACUUUCGUUAGGUAGGUCCCUUACCCACAUGAAUUUAGUAUUUGUGCUUUUUGCCACCAGAAUAAACUCUUUUUAUUUAAUUUUAUUUUUAUUUUUUCUUGCACGUGUAUUUUUUGCUUUAUUAUUAUUAUUUAUUCUUUCUGCUGGUUUUUGCAAAUAGUGGGGGAGAUGAUAUUAUCAAGACCGGCAUUUUCAACACUGGCCAAGAUCCUGGUUCCUAGGGCAAAUGUAAUUUAAGGGGCAUUCCCAUCUGGGACAUUGAUUGCACAUCACUAGGAUACAGUGGCAUGCCUAAGGUGUUGGCACCUGGGGCGGGUCCUUUCUCUGGUGCACCCCCCCAAUACUU